UGAUCUGCAUCAUCAUUUUUAUUUGUACAAACUUCAGACCCGGUGAUGCCAGAAAUUCACAAGAACAUCAGUUUUAUGGUUCAGACGUCUGAAGUGAUCCUGAGAGGAGCCUCUGUGUGAGGAGAGACGACAGAGCUGCACAUCUCAGUUACAAGAAGAGAAGCUAUAAAGCUGAUCAUGUUCACAGCAGUGUUUAAUUUCUGCAUUUCUCUUUCUGUUUUCAGGUGAUGUCGUCGUUAAAUCCCUUAAUCUCAGUGAGAUGACGUCUUCAGCCCCAGAAAACUUUGAUCCUGGAGUUUAAAAUGAAGUUCAGAAGAAAUCCUCGGUUCACGGCUUCAUUGCUGAUUUUUAUGAUGAAUAUAUUCGUAAGUCGAACCUUCACCUGCCGUCGGACAGAAUAUGUGUUUGGAGACGAGUGCUGUCCCAUGUGUCCCAUCGGGACUCGAGUUAAAACAGACUGUGUGUCCUGUCAGCCGUGCAGAGAGGGGACUUUCAUGAAUAAAAUGAACGGAUUCAAACUUUGUUUUCCCUGCAGAGAAUGUGGAGCAGGUUCUGCUCUGAAGAUGAAGACGUCGUGUACGAUACGAUCAGACACAGUUUGUGAACCUCUGGAAGGAUUUUACUGCUCAGAGUUUACAGUGUACGACUGUUUUGAAGCAAAGAAACACAGACGCUGUGAACCAGGAGAAUACAUCAGUCAGAGAGGAACUUCCUCCACAGACACCGUGUGCUCGACCUGCUCUGAUGGAACUUUUUCAGACGGGACGUUUACAUCUUGUCAGAAUCACAAACAAUGUGAAUCAGAGAAUCGAGAGCUGCUGAGAGCAGGAACUAAGACAGAGGACGCUCAGUGUGGAGAUAUACCAUCAGACAGGACUGGACUGAUAGUCGGUGUUGUUGUUGUGGUUCAUUUAGCUCUCGUGCUUGUAUUAACAGCGUGGUGUUACAGAAAGAAGAUAAAAAGUUGUCUAAACAGAAAAAAAAGUUCAGCAGAAGCUCAUCAGACGGUAUGUUUUACAUCUCUUUACUCUCAAUCAGCUUCACAGUUAGAUCAUUAAAUGUUGCUCACUUUCAAUUUUUACUUUUAAAGAAACCAGUGAAUCCAGAAGACAAGACAAUGGAAUGGUUGAUGUUUAGAGAAAAAGAAGAUCAGGUGAGACUGCAGAGAUUUUCAGCUCAAUGAUCGCUAACACAUUCAGAUAAAUCAUAAGUUACAAAAGUUCAAGUUUUAAUGUAAAUCUUUUCUCUCCUCAGGGUGUUUCAGACCUUCCCUAAACAUGCAGACAUUUCUCUGAGCCCUGCAGAAUAAAUGUUCUCCAGGAUCCAGGUAUUAUUAUCCUGCUGGAUUCUGGGACAUUAUCUCUUCAGAGUUCAGAAAAAACCUCAGUCCAAGCUAACAAAGUUAGAACCAAAUCUUAAGUCAACUGUACAGAAAACGAGGAAGACUGGCAGACAUUGAGUUUUAUUAAUGCUUUUUAUAAAAACUGUUUGUUUUUCUGUAUCUGUUUUAAAAUUCCUUUUCUGCUCGAUAAGAACGAACACCUCACCGAGUGUUUCAGCUCAGUUCAUUUCCUGAGUUUAAAAAAACUGAACUUUGUUCAUAAAGUAUGAAAAU